UCAGCCCAACGGCCACCUCCACUCUCCUCUCCAACAAAACGCCCACUCCCCGGCGAUAUCCUUCUCCCUGCUCGCGGAAGCAUCAGUUAGCCUUCUCGUUCCCCUUCUUCUUUCACGCGUUCUUCUAAGGGUUUUUGAGGAGACAAUUUUGGCCUAAAAAUUGUGUUGAGUAAAUGGGCUUGUGGACAUUGCUGGAGGGCUGCCUGCUUCUUGCAAAUGCCUUGGCCAUAUUGAAUGAAGAUCGAUUCCUUACCCCCAGAGGUUGGAGCUUCCAAGAAUACUCAGGAGCUCGGAGGAACUCAGUAAAGGGACAGAUUAUCGGCCUUAUUUACACAACACAAUACUUAAGAGUUCUUCUUAUUCUACUGAACACCCUCUGUAUUGUUAUAAAAUUUGUAUCUGGCUAAUAUUUCAUUGGAGAUCACUUGAAUGCUGUAAACCAUAGAUCUUGUGAAAGGAGUGCGCAUUGGAGGUUCUUCUAGGGCUGAAGCAUUUGUUAGGAUGUUGGAUUGCUAUCUCGAAAGUUCCACUGCCAUCUUGUGAUGAGUUCCUGGUUGUUGGGUUAUGUAUUGCUGAUGUAUUUGAAAAUUUUCUGCAUUAGUUGACGGACGUCGUUUUCUGAAUUUGUACAAAGAGAGAACAUGUUGCAUCUCUUGUAGUAUCUUUUCUUGAUUGUGAUAUAUGCGAGGGGUAUGGCCUUACGAUGUGAGGAUUAGUGGAAUGGUUCAUUUGGUUCUGUGCAUUUAUUUAGAUUGACAUGUUCUAAAA